AUGGGACAAGAAGAGAAAGUGAUUUUGAAUAAUGUUUCGGGUUUUGGAGAGUUUGGAUGUUUGACAGGAGUUAUGGGUCCGUCGGGUGCGGGACUCACAUCACUGUUGAUGAGAUUAGGCGCCGAAACCCGGAUUCGUUUGAGUCGUGACCACAAAAUCAGAUCCACUUUUAUCGGACACAACGAGAAAGACUUUCUAAUAAUGGGUUUAACGGCUAAACAAAACAUGAUUUACGCCUCGAGACUGAAAAACAGUGAUUUAGGACCUGAAGGACAGGCAUUUGACCAUCAGAUGAAUGUGUCGGCAAUAAUGGCCGACCUAUUGAUGAGCGACACAAUGAACACUCGGGCCGACCGAUGCAGUGGUGGUGAACAGAAACGACUGGCCAUUGCUGUCGAGUUGACGGCAUUUCACAAACCAAAUCUCAUAUUAUUUGAUGAGCCGACCACUGGUUUGGACAGUAAUGUCGCUGAAGUGGUAAUUCAGUGUAUAAAAAGUUUGGCCCAAAAGCACAACAUAUGCAUUAUAGCGACUAUACAUCAGCCAAACUCAGAUGUAUUGCAAAUGUUUGACAAUUUGUAUGUAUUGGCAAAGGGAGGACAGUGUGUAUACUUCGGCCCACCCGUCCAUUUACGGCAUCACUUGAGCUCAUCCAAUAUUGUCUGCAAUGAGAAUCAGGUGCCGAUCGAACACUUGUUGACCAUUGCAUCCAAAGGUAUGGAAGACACAGAUGUGAUUCAGUUGAGGGAAAGGACAAUACAAUCC